AUGCCCCUCCCCUGCACCCAACUUUACCAUCCCGACCUCUCCCUUGACUUCUUCGCGCUCUCCGCUACUCACACACUCUCCCCCACCGUCGCCUGCCACGUCAUUGAGAAAUGCGGCGCUGUCUGCCGCGACAUCACCUUCCUCCAAUCCCUCGUGUUCUUCAAUUGGGCCAUCGCCCUUGACGGAUUUCCCCCCUCGCCAGAGCCGUACAACGAGAUGCUCGACCUUGCUGGAAAGCUGAGACAUUUCAACCUUACGUGGCACGUGAUCAACCUCAUGAAGACUCACGACAUCGAAAUCAGCGCUCACACGUUCGCCGUUCUCGUUCGUCGCUACGUGAGGGCCGAAUUACCUACAGAGGCGGUCCACGCUUUCAACCGCAUGGAGGACUAUGGCUGCACUCCCGAUAAGGUUGGGUUUUCAAUUGUGAUCAGUAGCUUGUGUAAAAAAAGAAGAGCAAACGAGGCUCAAUCGUUUUUUGAGAGUCUCAAGCAUAAGUUUGAGCCUGAUGUUUUAGUUUACACUAGUUUGGUUUAUGGGUGGUGUCGUGCUGGUAACAUAUCUAAGGCUGAAGAGGUGUUUAAUGUUAUAAAAGGCUGGUAA